AGCGAACGAACGUCGCGAAUGCCGCCGCCGCCGCCAGACGAAGCUCUUGCAGAAGUCUCUCAAGGCAUGCGCAACAUCUGAAACCGCAACGAACCCAGUCGAGUGUCCAGCCAAGUGAAGCCUCAGUGCCCAGCCAAAUCCAAGCCAAGACGUGUUCAAUUCUCAUAUUCCCCAUUCAUCAUUAGAAUAGUUUACAAUUUUGGACAAUUUUUUUUGUAUUUUUUGUUGUGUUUGCAUUGGCAUAAACAAUUUAAAAUACAUUUGUGCGUCUGUCACAGCUUCGGAGGUGUCGCGGCUGACAGCUAAGAAGAGCGGAAGCGAGAGAGGAAGUGUAAGAUAGAAAGAAAAAAGAAAGAGCAAGUUGCAAAAUGCAUUCCACGGCAUGCGGCGUUGGAGCCUCAGCCACAAAUCUAUCAACACUGCAAGCCAAUACAGCUGCAACAGGAACGACCGCAAGUGGACCGGUGGCAACAGCAGAUGCCCACAAAAUGGUGCACCACAGCAACGAAGAUGCCAUGAACAAGAUUCCACUGAAAUCGGCAAGCGGCCUGGACUCCGAUGAGGAGAAGAAUGGCGGUGAACUAAUGCAGGAUACAACCGCAGCUGAGGAGGCGAGACGUGAAAAGAUGCGUGCCAAACUGCUCGCCUGGAUGAAGAAGCUGACCAUUGUGCUCAUCUGCUUCAUUGGCAUUGCCCUCAUCAGCUACGUCAUCAUCAGCCUCUGCUUCAGUGACUGGCCAAAAUCGACGCCAUAUAGAAACAGCACAACAACAGCAACAACAACAGAAACAGCUGCAACAGCUGCAACAUUUGUUGCAACAAGCACAGAGGCAACAGCGACAGCAGAGGCAACAUUUGAAAUUGCAAGUAGCACGGCACCAGCACCACCACCAGCACCACCAGCAACUACAACAAUUAGCACAACAACAACAACAACAACAACAGCACUACAACAACCACCAACAACUGCAACUGCAACUGCAACAACAACUACAACAAUUGCAACAACAACAACAACAACAACAGAAAGCCACAAGACACUUAACAGAUUUACUUUAACAGAUGAGCAGUCGCAGGAGCAGGAUCAGGACACCGAUCAGCCAACACCUAUUGGCAAUCUCAAUCUCCUCGAUGAUGGACCGAUGGGCGCAGCCACCACCCCUGCUGGGGAUGCCGACACACUGCCCAAUGUGGCCGCCUCAACGUCAGCGACAGCGGCCACGCCCACACAGUUUGCGGAUCAGAUUGCCAUCGAUAUUAGCGAGAAUUUCAGCUCCAUUUUGGGUGUCUACCAGAAGGCAGCCGUGAGCUCGGACAAUCUCGAAUGCAGCAAGAUUGGCAGCGACAUACUCUCACGGAAUGGCAGCGCUGUGGAUGCGGCCAUUGCCGCUCUCCUGUGCAACGGUCUGCUGACGCUGCAGAGCAUGGGCAUUGGCGGUGGCUUCUUGAUGAACGUUUACAGCCGCCAGGAGCGGCACGCCACUUCCAUUGAUGCCCGCGAGGUGGCGCCCUACGCCGCUGAGCCGGACAUUUUCGACAAGAGUCCGGAGCUGUCGAUCAGGGGACCCCUGAGCAUUGCGGUGCCCGGCGAGGUAAUGGGCUACCAUGAGGCGCACACCAGAUUUGGCCAACUGCCCUGGGCGGACCUUGUGGCGCCAUCGCUGAAGCUGUGCGAGGCUGGCUAUCACGUGUCCAAGCACAUGGCGAGGGCACUGAAAAUCGUUUGGCCAUUCAUCAAGGAGCAGGAGCACUAUAAAAUUUAUGCCAACAAGGAGACCGGCCUGCCGCAUGCCUCGGGCACUGUGGUGAAGCCACCGAAGCAGCUCUGCGAGUCGUACAAGCUGCUGGCCGAGAACGGACCACUGGACAUGUACAACGGCACCUUGGCCAAGCUGCUCGUGGAGGAUCUGUCGGAGUUGGGCAGCAUCAUAACCGGCGACGAUCUGCAGUACUAUUCCGCCGAUGUUGUCCACUCGAUAACCAUGGAGCUGGGCGAGGAUACGCUGUAUGUGGUGCCGCCCGUCAGCUCUGGCUCUGUGGUGGCACAUGCGCUGAGCAUCCUGCAGGGCUACAACCUCACCAGCGAGGACUUGGCCAGCGAGGAUCUGCGUGCCCGCACCCUUCAUCGGUUUGCCGAGGCCAUCAAGUUCGGGUUUGCCCAUCGCUCGGAGCUGGGCGAUCUCCACUUUAUCGAUGUGCGGGAGCUGGUCAGCAAGCUGAAUAGUCCGGAGUUUGGGGCACAGAAUCGCGCCAAGAUCAACGACAGUCACGUGCUCGAGGGUCCAGCGGCCUACGGUGCACAGUUCGGUGCCAAUGGGGAUCCCGAUGGCACUGCCAAUUUGGUGGUUCUGGCACCCAACGGGGACGCCGUGUCGGUGACCAGCUCGGUGAAUUCUUACUUUGGCUCGUCGCUGAUUGGACCGCGGACUGGCAUCGUGCUGAACAACGGCAUGAACGACUUUGCGGUGGAGAACAACUUUUACGGACUGCCCGUCUCGCAGGCGAACACCAUAGCGCCCCACAAGCGGCCCAUGUCCUCGCAGUCGCCACUGCUUCUGGCCGACAGGGCGGGCGACAUUCGUCUGGCCAUUGGGGCGGCCGGCGGCGCUCGGAUCAUUCCCGCUGUGGUGGAGGUGGCGGCACGCGUCCUGUGGUUCGGACAGGACCUGAAGACGGCGAUAGAUGCACCGCGCGUGUACCACCAGCUCAUGCCCGAUGUCCUGGAGUACGAGAAGAGCGGCUUCUCCGACUCGCUGCUGCAGCUGCUGUCCAAGCGGGGACACGUCCUCAAGCCGAUCGAGAACGACCUGUCAUCGGUGGUCACGGCCAUAGCGAGAAAUGCCACGGCUGUCUAUGCGAAUGCCGAUUAUCGCAAGCGUGGCGGUGUUGCCGGUUUUUAGAUGUCAACGCCUAUUCCUCCCCCCCCCCCUCUACCACUCGCACACAUCCUUCCAACACAUUCACACACACACACACACCGCAUUGAGAUUAGAUAAGCAAAAAGCAACAGCAAUUGAUCGAGAAUGGAUGGAUUAAUGGAUUGAUGGGGCUGACGGAUGGACGGGGCUCAGCAUCAGGAUGAGAAUCAAGAACAGGAUCAGCGCAUCAAGUGAACAAGUAUUUAAGCUAGCUAUGUCUUUUUUUACAUACUAUGUUAAUCGUACGUUACAUAAAUUUAUAUGCUACUACCUAACUACUACCUUAUACAAUAAACAAAACAACAACAAACACAA